CCUGGCCUCGGGGGGCGCCGUCGGGACGCUGCGAGCCGGGCUGUCUAGGUCUCCGGAACCACCAAAGACCCUUUCAGGAGUUGAGCCAGUGCAGAGAACCCCAUGGACCAAUCCUUUGAAGACGUUCCAGAACCUAAGAAGGAGGAACCCACGGAGGAGGAGCCCACAUCCAGCAAGAGGAGCACCGACCCCACAUCCCUGUCCUGGGGCUUCAAGACCCGAGAGGUCCGUAUCACCAAGAUCCCAAGCCACUUCCAGGCUAAGAAGACAGAGAAUAUCCUGAUCCUGGUGGCCUUCUCCAUCGGACUUGGCAGCACGUGGCGCUUCCCGUACCUCUGCCACCAGAACGGCGGAGGAAGCUUUCUGCUGAUGUAUCUCAUCCUCCUCCUGUUGCUGGGGAUCCCCCUUAUGUACAUGGAGAUGGUCAUAGGACAGUGGCUACGCGUGGACAACAUCCGGGCCUGGAAACACCUGGUCCCCUGGCUUAGUGGUGUGGGCUACUCCAGCAUGCUGGCCUGUGCCCUGGUGAUCCUGUAUAACAGUGCCCUGGUCUCCUGGAGCCUCUUCUACCUUGGCCAGUCCUUCGAUUACCCUACACCCUGGGAAAACUGCCCCCUGGUGAAAAACUUCAGUACCUCUGACAUCUCCUGCCUUCGGACAGAGCCCCAUCAGUUUUUCUGGUAUCACACCGUCCUUCGAGCCUCCGAUCAAAUAGAAGAAGGGAUAGAAGUGCUGGUUCUGAACGUGACCCUGUGCCUCUUUGCCACAUGGUUCUUCCUCUAUAUCACCAUGGUCACCAGGAUAAAGAUUUCAGUGCUAAUGAUGAUUUUCUCCAUAUUGUUCCCCAAUGUCCUCCUCUUCUGCUUCUUCACCCACAUUUUCUUCGUGAAAGGUGUGAGGACCAGCCUCAAGCGCUUGGUGACCACAGAGCUUUCCAUCUUGGCAUCACUGGACGCAUGGCGUCAGGCUGGAGGCCAUGUUCUCUACUCCCUCGGCCUUGGCAUGGGCACCAUCAUAACUUUCUCCUCCUACCAGACCAGAGAAAACAGUGGCACUCCAUGCGUUGAGAGCAAUGUCUCCAAUCUGCUCAGCCUGAUAGCCAACGGUGUGCUACCCCAGGUCGCCUGGCCUCCUAAAGACAUCAUCCAUCGAUCCCCACUGGAAUACCUAGACUGGAUCAGCCAGCUCCCCAAGAACAUACGGAACGAGGUCGCCCAUUUCACCCUGCCCUGCAGCAUCCUGGUGCAGAAGGAAAAGUUCAUGGAGGGCCCUGGCCUGGCAUAUGUGGCCUUCUCUCAAGCCAUCACACUGUUUCCCGGUUCCUCUUUCUGGGCCAUCAUCUUCUUCAUGUCUCUGGUUAUCAUGGGUCUGGGCACCAUGACAACACUCCUGGAGGGCAUCGCUCUUUCUCUGCAGAAAAGUAUCUCCACCCUGGAGAAGCAUCCCAAGCUGGUACCAGUGAUUAUCUGCUUGGGAGGAUUUCUGGGUAGCCUCGUCUUCUCCAGUCGCCCUGGCAGCUACGUGGUGUUCCUGUUCGAUGACCACCUGGUCCCCAUGGUCCUCAUCAUGAUCGUGGCGUUCCAGAACCUCUCUCUGGCUUGGGUCUAUGGAAUCAAGAGGUUCAGGGCUGAGAUGUUCGGCCAGCUGGGCCGCCUGGUGUGGGCACCCUUCACCUUCCUGUGGAGCUACGUGACAUUGCCCACACUGCUGGUCCUGCUCACCAUCUACUUCCUGAAUCUCUACUUCAGCGAAUCCCUCUCUUAUGUCUCCUGGAAUAAUAGCAUGCACUGGUGGUACCUGGAUGACCAAAUCAUCUGUGAAACCAUAGAAAAGCCUUUGUCCUCCAAAAAGACAGUGACCGUGCCCAAAAGAGUCACCCAGUGGCCUGUGCACCCCAUGAGGAAACUCACCCUCAGGAACCAGGAGAAAAGCAAGGCUUUAUUCCAAAGCAAGGCUCCCCCAGAGGCCUUACUUAACCCCCAAAUUCUGAUAACAAAAAAGGGCAGUGAAAACUACUCCAGCUUCAGCUUCCCCAGCACCAGACUCGGCGGUAUCUCCAUGGCCUUCCCUACCCCUGAGGCAUCAAGGCACGCUGGCCUCCCAGAAGGUAGUCUUGACUUCCACAGCAAGUGACAGACUUGAGACUCGUGAAGGGCAGGCUCGCAAGAGCCCUGCUUAGCAGCCGCCGCCGGUAUAACCGGCGAUGUGCACCAAGCCCAGUACUGGCCGCACGGAAAGCAGAAGACGGGUGUGCAGACACCCAGCCCGGACUUUUUGUAGCCCCCAUGGGCCCCAGACAGUCGUGGAUGGCUCAGAAAUCCAUCCUCUAGCACUGGACACUGUUCCCAGGGCCCCCUCCCUCUCUUUGAUAUGGACACAAUUUGGGUGUGCACAGAUGGGGCCUCUGGCACAGUCCCAGUUACCGAGAGACACGGUGGCCCCCUCUAGCCCUGCCGUCAUGCCUGUCAGGAAUGUGGCCAACCUCCCAGGGUCGGCCAUCUCAGGUGGCACCAAGACAGCAAUGUUGUCUGUCAAUAAAUGAGGCAGUGGACGACACACA